AAUUGAAUGUUUUAAAUUAUGUAUUACAGAAGAAAUUAGUCUGAACCUGCGAGUUGAAGUUUAGAACUUGAACGUGGCCCUACCCUAACCAUGAUAUGUUCCUACGACAAUAUACAUUACAAAUUAGGGUACCGUAGAGUCGGCAAAUGUAUUUAUUGCCUUUAAAGGGCAAAGUGGGAUUCUUUAUUGAACUUACAGGGACGUAACAACACCUUCAAAAAAUGGUUUGAGUUACAGAUUCGCUGUCGAUGUGAUAAUACGGAAGAAAAUAGCAGCUUUUAAGGCCUUCUGAAGUGUUUGACAAGAUGUUUUGCUAUAUUUAGACAUACAUGAAACUGUUCAGGGAAAUUUCAGUGCUAUUCAUGAGACUCACGGUAUCUGCAAUAGCAGGAGAUUGAACUGCCGUAUGAUAGCUGCAGAAAAUUUCGUGGACGAGCCUAAUCCACAAGGUUUCUGGUGGCAAAAGGAUCAGUUUUGGAGCGCUUCAUUUAAAAACAUUAAAUUUACAUUGUGGGUUUUAUCAGGUUAGUUGGUGGAAUGAUGUUAAUGAAAAGGGUUUCUGUUGAGGAGUGAUUUGUUUAUGAGUUUGUUGGUGUGGUGGAAUUUUGACUUCUAAUUAUGGGUUUUUGGAAAAGGGUUGUAGGGAUGGCUUAACGAAAAAAAUCUAUAUAUUGGAAUUUUGCAAUAUAUUAGGGCACGCCAGGUAUCUUGCUUGUUGGGGUAGUUGUAGGUGUGCCGUGUGGAGGAAAUUAGUUUACCUAAGUGUUUGAAUUUAAUGGUUUUAUGAAAAGAAGAAUUUGAAAUAUUUCUUGUGGGGUUAGCAUGAAGAAUGAAUGUUCUUUAUACAUAUCAUAUCCACAAUAGAGUUGGAAAUUAUUAUGCGUAGACUGCAAGCCCUAAAUUUAUGCAUGUUUUUUGUUGGGUUUGGUGGUCUAUGUUUCUGAGCUCAGGGCAGUUGGUGAAAAGUUUAUUUGGUAGUUCUUUGAAGUGGAUUUCUGGGGACUUGAGGGAGGGGGUUGAGGUCAUGAUCGUAGCAGAAAUUGGCAGGUAUUUGACCCUUUGCAGAAUUGUAGAAAACAUUUGUAAAUAAGUUUUUUUUUUCUGGGGAAGUGUGUAUGGGUUUUGAUUGAGAGGGUUUAGUUCAAGGUCGUAGCAGAAAUUUGCAAGUAUAUUGUCCACUUGCUAGACGGAUGAAAAUAUUAAGCGAUCAUCUGGUAGUUGUGUAUUAAGUCUUCUAUUGUGUUUUGAGAGUGCUUUGAACUGGUAAGCUGGAUCUUGAAGAUUAGGGGUUUAAUGGCCAGAUUGUUGAGCGCCAGAGCUUGUAUUCGUCUUAUUUAAGACAGCUUAUCUUCUGGUCUGGGUGAAUUCUGAUGAUUUGAUGUUGAGUGGCUAGAUAUAUGGGUUAUUUUCUUGAACAUUGUGUUUGUAGGAGCUGGGAGAUUUUUGGUGCUGGUUUUGUACCAUUUGGACUCUGAAUAAAAAAGCCAAUAUCUACAGUGGGAGUUUAAUGGCAGCCGUAAUUACUGGUGAAGUUGCUUCUUUGAGUAGCGACCUGGUUUAUGAAAUCUUAAGUAGGCUGGAUGGCACUACACUUGCUAGUGCUGCAUGUGCUUGUGUUGACUUUUGUGCUAUAACCAGAGAAGAGGGCAUUUGGGAGGAUGUUUGUGGCUCACUCUGGCCUUCUAUUGUGGAUGAGGAAACGAAAAGCUUGAUUCAUUCACUCGGUGGAUUCAGGAAGUUUUAUGCAGAUUGUUUUCCUCUUAUAACAAAUGAAGAAAAAGUUUCUGCAGUUCAGUGGGAUUCUGAUCUGGAGGAGUUAUAUGUUUGGUCUGAUUACUCUGAUGAUGAAGAUGAAGAGCUGCAGGGAGUUUUACCCUCGGACUUUGUCUCCAUUGUAGAUGUUCGAUUCAAAGACAAAGUAGUCUAUUCCAAAGUCCUCUGGGGUAUCCCUGAUGCAGAUGAUUUUCAUGGCUGGUUCUCUCGGUGCCCAUUCCGAAUUGAUCUGCUAAACUUUUCCGAUGAAGAUGACAACCCUGGAAGCCAAAUUACAGUGUCCGUUGCAGAUGGGCUGCCACAACUUACAUCUAUUGAGAGGGAGAGGAAAGAUGGGAAAUUCUGGAGGGAGCUGCAGGACAGCAUUAGGCUUAGUUGGAUUCUUGUGAAUAAGAGAUUAAAGCAAGCAGUCAACCUUGCGAGUUGGAGCCCUCUCGGUGGACAAAGGCAUUGGCCUACAGAUAAUGACUUUCUAAUACAUUUUGGAUCCAUACUUCCCUCUCACAACAUUUUGCCUUGCAAGGUUGUCCAGUGCAUUAUUGGAAUGAAAUGUAGAGUUUCUCAUGUUGGAGUUGGAGAAAAUGCUCAAACAACAUUGAAGAUAAUUGAACUCAGCAUGCAGUUGGAAGACUUGAGGCAUGCACACCUGAACGGAAAGAAUAGUUUGCUUGUCCUUAAAAGAGCUAUGAGCUGUCGUAGGAGUAGGAAUUAUAGUGAAGUCUUAGAAUCUUGUCAUCAAUAUUCAAAAGCACAAAGUGAGUUAAAGGAGGAAAAGAUGAGAAGUCAAGACCGUGUAGAUAGGCUUUGUAUUGUGAGUGCUAUUGCAGCCUUUGCCUCAUUUUGGUACUUCAUUUUGUUCUCUGAGAAUUAAAUGUUAGUAAGUUAUUCAAUAAUAUAUAAUAUAUGAUCCUGCUUUUGAUAA